AUGGAGAAGGCCGAAAUUGGACCAGUCCUGAUUUCUCACGUAGGAAGUCCAGAUGUGGAACGGAAGAUCGCCUGCCUUCUGAGCCAAACGGGCAGCCGGGAUUGGGAAUUUGCUCAUCCUUCUUCACUAGAAGAGCCAGCCCGACCUACCGUAGAAUCCCGGGAAGGCGAGAGUCGGACCGAAACAAUGCGAUCCUUACCCAACUCGCUCCGAAAACAACGCCCCCUGCUGGAGGUUCUUAAGGAGUGGGGAGACGUGGAACUGAACGUUUAUUUUAGAAACAUGGCCCGGGCGGCCAAGGGUCAGUGGGGCAACCAAAUGGCAAUGUCUCGUAGGCAGGAUGAAACCGCAGAGAAGGAGCGAUAUCGGCGCUGGAGAAUUGAUUUUAGCUUUCAGAAACAGGGUGCCGAUUCUAAAGUUGCAGUAGAUGUCAGCAGGAAUAUAGCUUUUUUCUUUGCUUUUAACCAGAAGGUGUUGUCAUUUUUAAAAAGGAAGCAUCACUUCAUGAGCACAGCCUCAUUAAUCAUCACAGCAUUCCUUACAGAUAAGCAGGUAGCCGCCGAGAAAUCGAACAUCUUAAAAAUCCGCCAACACAAUUACUGUGCUGCAUUGCAAAAGCGAUACGGAGAGGCAUGUAAACAGAAAGGGUUGAGGUGGGGCGAAUAUCAAACGUCCAAAGGUCACAGAUCCACAUGCAUGGACGACGCGGGAGGGAAAACGAGCCAGGGGAAAGACGGCUUAAUCGGGGAGGCCUCUUGGAGGAGAUACCCAGCCGAAAGAUGUGACAGCAUCACCAGGCUGAGCAUAUACAGUGCCUUCGUUGGCACGGGCCUAAAAGUGAAACAACUGCUCUACACGAGGCAAAACCCAGACUGCGCGGAAAUGCUCGACUCCAAGGCGUCCCGCUAUCUGAACGUAACCCGGAAAACCACCUUCAUCAUCCACGGCUACAGGCCCACGGGUUCCCCGCCGGUCUGGUUAACGGAACUGGUGCGGCUGCUGCUGGCUGCGGAGGACAUGAACAUCGUCGUCGUCGACUGGAAUCGCGGGGCCACGACGUUCCUGUAUCACCUGGCCUUUGGGAAGACCAAAAAAGUGGCGGAAAUCUUGAAGGAACGAAUUGACCGGAUGUUGGAGGAUGGAGCGUCUCUUGAUUCCAUUUAUCUGAUUGGAGUAAGUCUUGGUGCCCACAUAUCUGGAUUUGUUGGACAAAUGUAUAACGGUACACUAGGGAGAAUUACAGGUCUUGAUCCCGCGGGCCCCUUGUUUAAUGGGAAACCUCCAGAGGACAGAUUAGAUCCCACGGAUGCGCAGUUUGUUGACGUCAUACAUUCCGAUACUGAUGCAUUAGGUUUUAGAGAAACAUUGGGAAAUAUAGAUUUCUAUCCAAAUGGAGGAUUGGAUCAACCUGGAUGUCCAAAAACAAUAUUUUCUGGAUUACAGUAUUUUAAGUGCGACCAUCAGAGGUCUGUGUACCUGUACCUGUCUUCCUUGAAAAAGCACUGUAACAUCACUGCCUACCCCUGUGGUUCCUACAAAGAUUAUAGGAAUGGCAAGUGCUUUAGCUGUGGAGAGGGAGCGAAUCAGACAUCGUCAUGUCCCUUGCUGGGUUACCAUGCAGAUAAAUGGAAAAACUACCUGACACAAAAGAAUCCUCCAGAAGCAAAAGCUUUUUUUGAUACAUCUGAUAAAGAGCCAUUUUGCAUGCAUCACUACUUCGUCGACAUCAUCGCCUGGAACAAAAAUAUCAAGAAGGGCUCCAUUACAGUUAAGUUGAUAGACAAAGCUGGAAAUUCCACAGAAUCCAGAAUCGACCAUGAGCCUACAAAAUUUCAGAAGUAUCAUCAAGUCAGUCUCCUUGCCAGAUUCGAUCAAGAGCUCGAAGAAGUGGCCAAGAUUUCCUUAGAAUUCUCAACCGGAGCAUUAAUAGGCUCCAGCUGCAAACUCAAGAUCCUCCGAAUGAGGUUAAGAUCAAUUGCCCAACCAGAAAAGCCACACCUUUGCAGAUAUGAUCUCGUAUUGACGGAAAACACGGAAAGCCAUUUCCAACCUAUUCUGUGCCACCACUUGGAAAUGUAACAGCGGGAAGGCUCUAGUCCAUCCGCUGUCCUAAGGAGAAACUCCACUGCCCUCAUUCAGGACAAAUAACGAAGACCGGCCUCAUUUAUUAUAUCUUCCACUACCCUCAUUCAGGACAUCAUCAUCAUCAUCAUC